CGAUGAUGAGGGGUUUCGGCUAGUGUUUGCCAAUCCCCCUUUCUUCCCCAUCGCUCGAGAGCGAGGAAAGAUGCCGUCCUCGAGCUUGUCACGUGCACUGCUGCUGCUUCUGAUAAUCGCGGCGGCACACGGACGCGCCUACAGUGCGCGCACCACAGAAUGUGCGUUUCCAUCGCGAUGGGAAGGCACGUGGUUCCAGAGUGGCGUCCGCCAAUCGAUUAACAUAGAAAAGAACGUACUUUCGAGUAAAGGAACUUGUUUACACAACGAAGGCGACAAAUUUCUAAUGGUGGAUGAGAAAAACUGCUACCGUUGCGUUGUAAUCCACGAGAAACACGCCAAUGUCCUUCAGUACAAAGAAACCUACUGCCACGGGCGUAACAGUCUGUCGUCGCUGUGCUCCUACAUAACCGGCGACGCCCUUCUCUACUCGAUGUUUCGCGAGGAGGCCAAUCCUGUACCCUGCCCGUUUCAUGGACCCAUGACCUUCACUUACAAUCGAGGACAUGGCAGGUGUGCUGUGCCACAAAGUAACGUCGACACCUGCACCGACGAGAGUAGAUUGCUCUUUAGGUAUCAGGCUUGUCCUGAUGUCCCUGCUUCCGAGAGUACUGUCGAGGAGUUGGAGUGUCUAGCGACGUGGAAGGAAGGUAGCAAUCGUUAUCUCGUCGGCCGACUACAUAACGGCCACUCGUUGAGUAACGAGGAUCGCUAUCGUUGCUUCGUCUACGAGCGAGGCGGUCAGACAGUUACCAGUCUCAAUCGAGCUUCCGCCGCGGCACUUGGUAUCGCCACUGUACAUGAAGUUGUCGCCGGACCCGUGCCCGAGGGUAGUCCUGAGAUCUACAAGGUCGCGCAGAGUGGUGACGCUACGUGUAAUGGAUUGUUUAGUCCGUUGGAGGGUUCGAGGACUAUGACUCUUACCAAAGCAUCGUCGCCAGGCAAGUGUUGGUUCCCAUCCUGGCUGACGGGUAAAACCAGCCUCACUUGGCACACCUUGGACAUGAGCCGCUCUUACACCUUCCACACGAGCAACGCGUCGCUGCACACCGUCAGAUCCAACGGCAGUGAGAGGAGCUCAUCCGAGGUCACUGACUUUUUCAAUUUGCCCGGCCAAGAGGAACAUAACGUCAAGAUACUUUGUAAUAGCGUCAAAGUUGCCGAUGUCGAGCAGAAUGUCUUUAUGAUCGUCGCGCAUUAUACCGUUGGAUGCGACAGCGGCUACAUGUGCAUGGCCUACUACAAGAGGGACGGACACGUGGUGGAGCUGCAGACUGGGGCAAAAGUAUCGAGAGCCGAGGAGGCUUGCAGCGCGCCACAUUACCAGCAGCACAGCGUACCUUUCGUCACUUUAGUCACGAGUUCACCAGAGCCACGCCAAUGCCCAUAUCUGGGUAAAUUCACGGUUACUGGAGUGAACGAAGAAUCGUCGUCGUCGUCGUCGUCGUCGUCGUCGUCUUCGUCUUCGAGCCACGCCCAGAAGAAAACUACCGCUUCGCGUAAGUCGCGAGUGAGACACGGCCAGGAACGUAAACUGGAGUUCGAGGUUGAGAAACGCCGUGGUAACAACCAGUAUCUCGUGCACGAGCAGCAGCGGCGCCGGGCACGAUCAAUCGUCAAUGGUGGUGUCGUCGUGGUCGAGGAUCGUCUGAUCGAAGAGGAGCUCUGGACAAGACGACUUGCCGAUCGCAAGGCCCUCGAGGACCAUACACGAGCGCUGUUCAAGAAUAAGCAUCGUUCGACACGAUCGACAGAUGCUGACGAAUCCGAAAAUAUAAGCCAUCGAAUUUACCCACCAAUCGAAGCUUCAGUGGAAAUUCAAAGUCUCGACUCGCAGGACGUGGAGUAUUUCAGCGAGUACAUCGAUGAAGAUCUACCGCGAAAGAAACGUUCGUCAUACCCGACGUUCCUCUGGAAAUUGGAUUUAAUUCAUUUGCAACACGAAGUCGACGAAGAGUCGACGACAGAACGACACAACAAACGACGACGGAAACGCGAGGAAGUCGAGUCACGUCAAUGUAGCAGUGACAUAACAACCCUAACAGUUGGCUGCUCGACUGCCGAUCGAAUGGAAUUUCAAAGCGAUUGCGUCGACGAGGACUUUGUCACUGCGUACUCGUGCCAUGGGCGUUGGUUCGACGCCGAAGGUACGCAAUUCGUGAUAGCGACGCCUUUGGCACGUACACGUCCAAGCUGGUCUUCUUCGUCAUCCUCGUCGUCUUCGUCGUCGUCUACAUCGUCGUCGUCGUCGGGCGGGCCCGAGGCAGCACGAGCUCAACCAUAUCGUAACACGCGACGAUUAUGCUUUAUGUAUCGAGAGAACGGCGGUGUCGUUAGUCUUACUGCCAGUCCUGUCGCUUGCCAACGCGGUGUGCCACCGCCACCUCCACUGCUGGCUUUCAAUGCCACGAGCAUCGGCCAGUGCAUGGACGGCGCAACCAGUCUGAGCAACACUUCGUUGAGCUUGAUCCCGACGCUUCUGUUGCUGCUGUUGGGCAUGUUCAGGUGAUUCUAAGUGCGACGCGAGGACAGCAUACCUUUGACGACAAGCAAUGCAUUUCUAAAAAGAAGCAAACAGCGUUACACAGCCACAAUGCACACCUUCUUCCUCUGUUCCAUUCGUUCUGUAGGCAGUUUCUUUUCUUUUUCGCGAGGUAAAUAAUUAUGGGUUAGACCAUAUCAGCGAGUGAAAGAAAACGCGCGAGAGAGAAAAUAAAAAGAUAAAAAGAACAAAAAAAAAGAUGGAGGGGGGGGGGACGAGCGUUUGUGAGUGCGGGCGACUUGAUUUAUUAUGUAAGCUUUAGGCCGAUGAGUUAUGCCCUUAAUCUGCGCGCGGCUACGCGUUAAGAGUGUGUAUAUGCUAUAGCAUGUGCGUGUGCGACUGACUAGGGAGGAAUAUAUAUACACAGCAUGAAGCAAAAUUGCGAUAUUAAGCAGCAAAGUGAUCCAACGCAAUACUCGUUUUCUUUUUUCUUUUCUCGUAUAGAGUAUAAGUUUUUUACGACGACAAUGGGGUUGUUAGGAUUUUCCUUACUUGGCUGAUAAACUCUCCUUCUGAUAGACACUUGUGAGAAUGUUUCGCGUCAUAUUUAAAUUUCUAGUCAUUUUCUCAGCGUUACGAAAGAUAAUGCAAGCGCGUAACGAGAUAGCUCCAAAGAAAAUAUUGGAAAUGCGAUUCGCCGCUUUCAAGGUUCUGAAUUAAUCAACUUUGGAGACAACAGAAAAAUUCCAGCGUCAGCAAUAUUGCGAGAGAGCACGUCAGCGGCAAUGCAAAGUGAACAUCACAAAAGAAUUAAUUGUUACGCUAAAAAAAAACAAAAAAAAAACCGCAGAAUUAUCGGAAACUUUUGUCAUGGAAAUCAAUCGCGAUAAGCGAUGCAAAAUCACCAAUUACUCGACAUUUCUCUGCGCGCUGAAAAUAAUUCCCUCUUCUCGAGCUUCUCUCAAAGUGUCUAUUAGAUUUCUCCUCUUUCUCUCGAACGGAAGGACGAAGAAUACGGGAAAAGACGACGAGAAGAAGAAAAAAAAUUUCCUUUCAUCUGACGACGACAAUGGGCGCGAUAUGUAAAUUGCUGUAACUGUGAUUAAUUCGAAGGAGAGCCGCUCGAUCCUUCUCUCUCGCGAUAUUCGCUUCGCUAAAAAACAAAAAAAAAAACAAAAAAAUAACGAGUGAGGAGCUAUAAAGCUAAGACGCAAUCAGAAAAGCAAGCAAUAAGCAAUAAGAAGAGAGUUUUUUUCGGACGCUUGAGUGUAUAUGAUGAUUUGUACAUUGUCCCGAAAUUGGAUGUAUAAAAGCGUAAGGACUAUUUAUUCUGUACGAGUAAUGACGUGGCUAGAAAAAGAAUAAAAUCGGUUCUUCUCAGCAGAUGACCGAGAGUCCAGAUUGUAUCUAACGCAGAGAUCUAUAUAUUGUAUCAUUGACAUUGUAAUGUAAGUAUCUUUGUAAUAAUUGAUAAGCGUGUAGAGUUUUCAAAUUACUUCUUUUUACACGGGAAGAAAGAAAACAAACAAUAGCGUCUAUAAAAAACAAUUUAGAGGAAAAACCAAGUAAUCAUGCGCGUUGAAAAGAAUAAAUUCCUGGCAACGAUUGGGAAUUGUUGUAAAGAUUUUUUGUACCAGAAAGCAAUCGCCACUAUAUAUAAUUAAACAUGAAGAAACACACUCACUUGCGUAUACCAACAAACACACGUACACACACACCUUCAUCUAAGGCCAAUCAAUUCUUAGGCGAGCCACUGUUUAAUCACUGCAUCGAUUCCUUCACGACUUUCAUCUUCACGCUCGGAGCUUUUUUUGAGUUUUAACGCGCUUUCGAGAUUGUUUUCAUUUGUUUCUUUAAUAUAUUUAUUGCUUCUUCGUUUUUCAAUCAGAGGAUCUAAAAAAAAAUUGGUUUUAGUACUAUUACGUAUGACAAAGCGUUUCUAGUCAUUACAGAAAUAACAUUGAUAAUAACGCUUCGUUACGAUAAUAAUACUAAGGAAAAGGAAAUCAUAGCUUGCCAUCAAAGCGAACACGGCAACGAGAAAAAAAUACCAAUCCCUUUGGACAAAGGGAUGCUGCUAAGAUGUGAGUAACAAGCAAGAAAGACGUCUGAAAAUAUAUAAGCCAAAUUAGUUUGAAUCGUCUCACGACGGAAUAUCAGGGUCAACGAUUCUUUUUUCCCCAUUCAUUGAUUCGACAAUGUACACUGGUAAUUUGAGCAUUCGUGUUUCAGGAAAUUUUGUAAUCUUGUAAGCUUACUUUGAUAAUCUAGGGAUAUAUAACUAGUUAAUCUGCUAACGAAUGACUAUGCGAAUAAUUAUUUUUAAGAGGCGAAUUAAUAAGUUGCGACGUUUGAUAAGUUUAAAACAAAUUUUUUCAAAAUUGUUGACUAAUUAUAAGCUAGUUUUUUACGUUAUUAGACGAGUUUCUACUCAAAAGUGAAAUUAAUUUUUCUUUACGUACGUCAUAUGAUCACACCGAUCUAAGUCAUAAUUGGAUAAAUGCCCCACUAAAUUGGCUGACGUCAAAACAGAUUGCCCAUGAUUAAUUAACUAGCAUUUUCGAUAAAGCAAAAUCAUAAUUUAGCGCGGCGUUGCGAAUAAAAUUAACUGCAAUGAUUUGCUAAUUUAGCAAUCAAAGAACGCAAACUUCGUGCGUUGCAGAGAAAACCGGCGUGAGCCACACAAAAGCAUCUCACUGCCGUGCGAGGCUGACAAAACUUCAUUAGCAGCAGCAUUGGCCGGCGAUAAUCAAGGGCACAUUGCCAAAACUCGAUAUAUAUGAUCGAGCAAGCGAGCUAAUGAGAUCGAUACAAUGGAAAGGAUGUGAAACUGGUUUUAUGCGUUUUGCAGAGAGAGAGAGAGAAAGAGAGAAUAUACUGCAUAUCCUGUCGAACGUCGAGUGGUCGGAGAGGGAGAGAACGAAUCGUGUUCGAUCAUCCCCCACGCGCGCGAUAUGGGCCACUUUAGCUCGACGUCGAGGGUUCGUUUGAUGAGUAUACGAAUUUUGAUGUUCGUUGGAACGAUUGAAUGGACAGAUAUAGUUCAAGCGUUUAUUGCAGAUUUUUUCCCAAUUAAAAAUGUCGAAUAUUCAAUACCGUUGUUCAAACAACAUUUAUUUUACUUCUUGGUCGUAAAUAAUUCCAUUACUCAAUAAACUUUCGAUAGAAAGAGAGAGGGAGCUUAAAGUAUUUGCUACUAUCUAAACGAAGAUAAGCAAAAACAAACGGUGUACUCCAACAUUUAAUCAAAAUCAAACGUAUCGCAAAUAACAGCCAAGCUCUGUAGCUAAGAUAAAUCAAUCGUUUCACUAACAUCGACUCUGCAGUGAGAUAAAAGAAAAGGAAGAAGAAAACAAAUUCAAAGCCAAACUCGCGCCUAAAUAUAAAGGUCGUUCGCGCUCGUGACUCCUUUUUUGCGGAGUUGAAACUCCGUUCGCAAUUUUCUAAAUCACCAUGUCGCAUUAAUCAUAAUUCCGACGGCCACGAGGCCGCGCACGCGUCAUAAAUGAGACUGUAGCGUUUAUUUUGCUCUCCCGCGUAACGUCGUUAGCUGAAUGUUGUUUUUGAAAAAGGCUGAAAAUCACCAAUGAUGGAGAUGCCGCGAUACCGUUACGAAAGAGACUCGUCUUCCCUCAACCGGCUACUGCGUUCUCGAUUGGACAUUACUCAAUGUAGAUCGAGCAGAUUGUUCGCGUGCGAAAGAAACGCUGUACAUUUACGGCAUCUUGCAACUAUACCGUGACAUUUCCGCUGAAUACCACGUCGUUUUGCGAUGACAAGCUGAUAAGCUACACGUUUUAACCCGAUAACUGCGGAUUGUUGACGCUUUUAUUGAGAGAUUAAUUUUCAAGUUUUUGAAAACCAAAUUCGAGAUGCUUGAAUUUUCAAUUCGAGUCACGUACAUCACGUACAGGAAAGACAAAAUUAGCCGUUUUGCGAGCACAGCUUUUGUCAAACAUGAAUCGGAAAAUUUCUCGGCUUCUUCCUGCCUUUAGUUAUUUUGCUUUGCAAUAACGGCAUAAUUGAAAAUAAUGUAAAUGAUAAUACUAGGACAGAAUUAUUUUAAAAGACAUUAGAACUUUAAGUCUGCUGUUACAUAACAGGAAAGUAAAUACUUAUCAAGAAAGGUGAAAAGAUCAACAAGUACGUUAGAUAAUAUCUAAUGAAAAUUUCCUUUUUUAGAUCUUCGUCUAAAAAUUAAUCUUCUAAAUGCGGUAUAAUAUAAAAAAAUGUAAUACCGUAGCAAGCGAUUACCUACACAUAUAUUUUUUGUAAACUCCCCCCUCAUGUUCCAAAAUUUACAACCAACAGUAGGUCUUUUAUUAUCAGGAAGCACUUGGGAGGUUACGUAAGUGCAGCUUCAUGCUCUUUACGUGCCUGUAUAAACGUGUCUCCUUGAGUCAUUUUUAGUUAUGAACUUGUUACGUCCAGUGAAAGAGAAAACUCCACCUCUAUUUCCAUGAAGAUUUUAUCACGUAGUGCGCUACAUCAUCCCCACAGCGAUUACACCCCCCCCCCCCCCAUCUCGAAAAAAGAGAAUUAUUCAAAUGACCCGCCAAGGAAAAUUAACGAUCCGACAUUAUUUAAUUUUCAAGCGCGAAGAUGAAAGUUACAGAAGCAGUCCGCGGGUAGAGGUGAGGAAAGAUUUUGUAAAGUAAAAUAGUCCGUUUGUACGAUAGGAUUUUGCCUGCUGAUUUAAUAGCGACCGGGCGAAAAAGCAACGUAGUGAGAGUAUAUUAUUAUGAAAAAAAACAUCGAACAAAAAAAAAUCAAGACUCUCGUAUGUAAAAAGCAAUAUAGUUGUGCGUGCGUGUGCAUGGUUAACUUUUACGUGUGUACAGAGCGAUGGACGAAUGCGAUUGUGUGCGAGC